AGAAGUGAGAAGAAGAGUUCGUCUUUUCCUUCGGAUCCCGAAUCCUCCUCCUCUUCUCCUCCCCGUUGAAGUGUGCAAGAAUAUUACAGAUGGCAACUGUGACUGCAUCGCAAUUUGUUUCUAGAGGCUCACACCUCAACUGUGGGGGAGCAUCCAGAUCUGAAACCAAGGCAACAUGGACACAAAUUGGCCUCAUGAAUCGAACAGUGACCCACAAUGGGUUAAGAUCUUUGAACAAAGUCGAUAUGCUACGGAUGAAAACCAACACUAAAGCAACUACAAGGCAAGCUAGGAAGAUGGGAUUCAAAACUGAAAAUGACACGCAGUUUGGAACCAUUGUAUGUGGAAAAGGAAUGAACUUAGUCUUUGUGGGAGCAGAGGUUGGUCCAUGGAGCAAAACCGGUGGACUUGGUGAUGUUCUUGGAGGACUGCCACCAGCUAUGGCGGCCAAUGGACACCGAGUAAUGACAAUCUCUCCGCGCUAUGACCAGUACAAAGAUGCUUGGGAUACAAAUGUUUCACUUGAGAUUAAAAUUGGGGAUAGAAUUGAAGCAGUUCGGUUCUUCCACUGUUACAAACGAGGAGUUGAUCGUGUUUUUGUGGACCACCCAGUGUUCCUUGAGAAGGUAUGGGGAAAAACUGGCUCCAAGAUCUAUGGUCCCACGGCUGGAGUGGAUUAUCAGGACAACCAAUUCAGAUUCAGCCUGCUGUGCCAGGCAGCUCUAGAAGCCCCAAGAAUUCUGAAUCUCAACAACAGCAAGUAUUUCUCUGGACCAUAUGGGGAGGAUGUUGUGUUCAUUGCCAAUGAUUGGCACACGGCUCUUCUCCCAUGCUACCUGAAAAGUAUGUACAAGCCUAUAGGAAUUUACAAAACUGCAAAGGUUGCUUUCUGCAUACACAACAUUGCCUACCAAGGCAGAUUUGCCUUCUCAGACUUUUCACUUCUCAAUCUUCCGGAUCACUUUAAGAGUUCUUUUGAUUUUAUGGAUGGCUAUCACAAACCUGUAGAGGGAAGGAAAAUUAAUUGGAUGAAGGCUGGAAUAUUAGAAUCAGACAGGGUCAUCACUGUCAGCCCACACUAUGCCCAAGAACUUGUUUCAGGCAUAGAGAAGGGUGUGGAGUUGGAUAACAUCAUUCGCAAGACCGGAAUUACUGGUAUUGUGAAUGGGAUGGAUGUCCAAGAGUGGAACCCAUCUACGGACAAACAUAUUGAUGUGAAAUAUGAUGCUACAACUGUCUUCGAUGCUAAACCUCUUUUGAAGGAAGCACUUCAAGCUGAGGUCGGGUUGCCUGUGGAUGGAAAUAUCCCUGUCAUAGGUUUCAUUGGUAGACUUGAGGAGCAGAAAGGCUCAGAUAUUCUUGCUGCUGCAAUUUCGCAGUUUAUUGGAGAGAAUGUUCAGAUUGUGGUCCUUGGUACUGGUAAAAAGCCAUUGGAGAAGCAGAUUGAACAGUUGGAAAUAAAAUAUCCUGAUAGGGCCAGAGGAGUUGCAAAAUUCAAUGUACCUCUGGCACAUAUGAUCAUUGCUGGAGCUGAUUUUAUGCUGAUCCCAAGCAGAUUUGAGCCUUGUGGUCUCAUUCAGUUACAUGCCAUGCGAUAUGGAACGGUUCCGAUCGUUGCAUCCACUGGGGGAUUAGUUGACACCGUGAAGGAAGGUGUCACAGGAUUUCAGAUGGGAGGCUUCAAUGUAGAGUGUGAUGCUGUUGAUCCAGUGGAUGUUACUGCUGUCGCAACAACUGUUAAAAGGGCCCUUGAGAUGUAUGGUACUCCGGCUUUAAAAGGGAUGAUAGUAAAAGGCAUGGCUCAAGAUCUUUCCUGGAAGGGACCUUCCAAGGAGUGGGAGGAGUUGCUAUUGAGCCUAGAAGUCGCAGGAAGUGAACCUGGAGUCGAUGGUGAGGAAGUUGCUCCCCUUGCGAAGGAUAACAUAGCCACUCCUUGAAUUAGCUCCCAAGUUAAUUGACAAUCCAUGUCAAACUAACUUAUGUGCCAUAUACCACUGACGGUUUCCCUGUGUGUGGUUCUAUGUUUGUUCAAGCAUAUACUCCCUAGUUGGAAACCAAUAUUUGUUAGAUCUGUUUGGUCUUUGCUACAAGGGAGUGGUGGUUUUGGGAGAGUAAGUGCGACUGUAAUAUGUUGAGUGGAUGUAUGUUCCAUACAAUCCACCGAGGUUGUCAUGUGAGGGAGAUGUUGGCCGUUGGUUCUCGCCAAGCUACUAUUAUCUACCAAGUAAAUAAUAAAUAGAAAUCUUU